UGGUUCAAUUGUUUAGAGAGUCAUUGCUUUAGAGUGGGGUUAGUUAUUUUAGUUUUUUGGUCGGAUUACGGUAUUUCGGCCUGAGGCACCAAUGUGUGUUGCCGUCCCACAAGACACGGAUAUUGGCAUGAGUGCUCUCCAAUCAUUGCUAAAUCGACUUCGUCCUAAGUAUAGCUAUAAAGUCCACAACCAACGUCAUAACCACAUGUGAGCUGGCAACAUAUAUUUCUGUUCAUAUUCAGAUCAGAUGAGAUUUCCCGCGCAUCACUCGGACAUACAUACAGACUAUAUAUAUAGUUCACGAAAAUGACAGAAACUGCAGCAUUGGACCCCGAGUUCUCGGGUGCGCCUACAAAACAUCGCAAGAAUGAUUCAAAACCCCCACGAGGACCACGACACAUCACCAACCCACUACAAAGAGGCAUCGGGGAAUUCAUAAAAACGAACAUCUCUUCAUCUUUACUUGAUCAACAUGAUUUAUCAGUCGAGGCGUUGGUCUCUUCUCUCCCGAAGAGAUACACAAUAUAUGAGCCGAUGCUCCUCCUACCGGGGAAUGCCUUCACCCACCCUCCGGCCUGGGGCUCUCUAUAUGAGCACUUAAGCAGAGACCAGCGCCAAACUCUAUACUCAUCUAUUGCAAACUCCUUUGCCCGAUUUGGGGUAACACACAUCGCCAUGAAUGCCCCAAUUGUGCUCACAGACACCGACGGGCACGAGAAUAGAAUGCGAAGCCCAGUUGGACUAGUUCCAUUAUAUGGGGAUUUUGGACCGGUUGCAUCAGGUGGUGAGGAGAAUACGCAACCAUCUGAAGAUGCCUACAAGCGGGGAUUCUGGGUACGCACCGUCCAGAACCACGGAAUCGUACAGAUUUGGGCACCUUUAUAUACUAUGUUCUCGAGGGGGAAUAUCACAGAGAAGGCACGGAUUUUGGGACACGCUUCUACGUUUGAGGGGCUGGAUGAAGCGUCACUUGGAGGGAGUCUUGCUGGCGACGUCGCUGUGGUUGACAUGUAUGCUGGAAUUGGGUACUUUGUGUUUUCGUACUUGAAGCGGGGCGUGAAGAGGGUUUGGGGUUGGGAGAUAAACGGGUGGUCUGUGGAGGGGUUACGGAGGGGCUGUGUCGAGAAUGGGUGGGGAUGCAGGGUUGUCAAGGUACAAAGUGAUGGGAAACUUAGAAUACCCGUUCCAGAACUGGUUGAGAGUUUGUGUGAUACAGACCGCGUUGUCAUCUUCCAUGGCGAUAACGGCUUCGCCGCAGGCAUUAUGAAUGAGAUUAGGGCGGCUAUGGUGAACAACCGACGGUGCUGGACAAGCAUCAGGCAUGUUAACUUGGGUCUUUUGCCCUCAUCCAUUGCCUCAUGGGAGAAUGCCUGCAAGAUCGUUGACAAGGACAAGGGUGGAUGGAUCCACGUGCACGAGAAUGUGGAUGUGCAGCUUAUACAGGAAAAAGGAACCGAGAUAACAACGGCAAUGGAAAGGCUCUGGGAAGGCUCUGCAUCUCCGAAGGUUAAUUUGGAGCACCGCGCUGAAUGUCGGCAUGUUGAACAAGUCAAGACCUACGCUCCUGGUGUCAUGCACUGUGUAUACGAUAUCAAGCUGUCGUCGCAUUAGCGACCCUCCGACAGCAAUUCAUCAUGACAGUUAUGAACUUAUAAUGCACUCUACAUGGCAAUCGGAUACUAAGCCAGUCCUGGUGGAUCAUGUAGUCAUUA